CACAGACGUUGGUUGGCGCGUUUGUCUAAGCUGUUGGCGCCAGAGUCAGAACUCACAAACAACUGUCGGUGGAUGCAGCAUAGAGUCGGUGGUCCUGCUAACAUUUGAUUAAGUUCACGUUUUUGUCGCUUAAUAUUUCUUUGCAGACAUGACUAAACUCUCAGAGGGCGCCAUUGAGGUAGGUGUAACAUUUGCAUUAUAACUGAUAAAGAUAUUCGCUUGAAAACAAAAAAACUGCUUGGUUGAGAGAUUGUAUGUAUUCACAGUUUUAACUGUACUCAUGUUGUCAGUUGUCAUUUGUUUUAAGUCUAGUCUAAAAAAAUACGAUAAACACGAACUUUUUGUCAAGUAUUCAUUUUUAACGGUUGUCUUGUCUAUAUUGAAAACGUAGCUCCUGUCGUUUUCAGUUAGUGUCGACGUUAGAGGCAAACGACUGAUAUAAGUUCGGGGGGAAAAAACAAAAUGAAUCUUAAAUUAUAAAAAAUGUGUACUGGGAAAUGCAAAAGAGUGGUUUAAAAAAUGUACAUAUGUGUUUUUUCAGGCUUUAAUAAAUGGCACUGGUGGAAACGACCUCGUGCUUCAGUUGAUGGUAAGUAACAAAAAACACAUUUAAGUCGUAACGUCUUUUAACGUUUCUCUUUUUAACGCUCUAUAUUAAUGCCAUGUUUACAAGUCCUCUUCCUCUCCUCAUACAUAAAUGUUGUGGUUUCAUGUACGCCCUUGAGUUUAAUGGAAGCUUUCAGUCAAAUAAAGGAGGGUAUAGCAGGUGUCUUGACAAAGAGUAGCCAUAAUGAAAUACAGAAAUCUGCAAAUCUGUGUGUCCAAGUCAACCAAAACCAUCUGUGCAUCAAGCAGAACUAUCACUGCCUCCAUUUUUUUUCAGCAUUGGCUUCAAGUUACACAGUAAGACCGGUUAACUUAGCUCCAGCCCUUUUUGUAAUAAAAUCCACACAAAGGAGCAGCAUGUGGACACACAUUUAAUAUAAUACUUCAACAGUCAGUAGUUUACAGAAACAGUCAGCGUUACAAAAACACUGCUUAUAUAUGUACAGGACAGGAGAGUAGAGGUACUCCUUCACCCACAAGGGGCACCAAAAUCUUCACAAACUUAAAGUACGAUACAAGAGCUUUUUUUUAUUUUUAAACGCAACAAUAUUUUUAUUCGUUUUAGCUCAUCACAAACACCCCCUUUCCCUCAAAACCCCUGUGCUUAAAUAACAAAUUCUGGAGCUAAAACAAAAAUUAUUAAGAAAAAAAAAACAAGCAAGUGCUGGAAUUUGGGUUUUGUAGGAUUUGGAAUAUAUAAUGUUGAGGAAUAAAAAGUUAAAAGAUAAGUGAAAUGAACUACUGUACGUUAAGAGAGUAGCUGAGAACUGAAAAAGUCCAUAAAAGAGAAGAAUUUAAAUUGUAUGAUUAUAAAACAUCACAGAUUUCAAAAAGAAAACAACUAGAAAAUGAGAUUACUCAUUCAAAUUGAUGAGAGUUUCUCAAUGUGGUCUAGAAAAGGUCCUCAGAUCGAAAUUUUCUGUCAUUACCUGCAACUGAGUAACAAAGAGAGAUAUAAGAGCUUUUAAACAUUUUUACACAUUUCACAAAGCAUAUUAGAUAUACUACAUUACGAAGAAAAAAACCCAUUUGACAUCACAAACAAUUUCAUGACCAUAUCACCUUUCAGAACAUCCGCAGGCUGGAGGGCGGCAGCGGUGUCGUUCGCUGGAGGGUGAUGAUGAGUGAUGGACGACACAGUCUCUCCUGUGAGUUUGUUUGUCUCUAUUUUGUUCCUGGAUUUUAUUUUUCAGGAUUUUUACCCCCCACCAUCACCCCUGCACAUUCCUGCACAGCCGCACUGCUUUUCACUACAUCGUUUAAUUCACAUUUUGAUUAAGAAUACAUAAAAUCUAUUGACUGCAUUUUGUAGAAUAAAAUGUGAGAUCAGAAAGAUUGACUCUAAAAUGGACACGUGCUUGAGAUCAUAUUUGUUUUAUGUGAGUUGUAUUCAUUGAACUACUCCUGUCUGAUUCCCUCCUUACUUCUCUGCACCUUUACAGCCUUCAUGCUCUCAACUCAGCUGAACUACAUGGCUGAAGAAAACCAACUGGUCCCCAACAGUGUCUGCGUGCUGAAGAGACAUGUGACCAACAUAGUGAAGGAGGGACGGUAUGCACUUUCUCUCAUUUGUACCAAGAAGUUACCUGUUUGAAUGUAUUUGAUGUUUAAUUUAUUUAGUAAUGUAAUCAUGUCUGAAGCUGAAUUUAGUGGUUUAUGAGGAUGUCUUUUUACAGACGGGUGGUUGUCAUUUUGGAGAUGGAUGUCAUUCAGUCAGCUGAGGAUGUUGGAGGAAGAAUCGGAGACCCAACUCCGUACACUGAGGGUAAGUCCUUAAAACACGUUUCAUAAAAAUACCUGCUGCUGAAAACUGAGGAAGAAUUCCAUAAAUGCUGAGAUCUGUUCAUUCACUCGGUGUACACAAUUUUUCAUGUUACCACUAACACACUGAAACUGUUGUCAUUCUUGCAGGUGCAGCUAAAGGUCCACAGCCAGUGCAGAACCCUGAACCUCGCCAACCUCUGCAGACACAAAACAGAAAUGAAGGUGAGUGGAUCUGAGUGGAUUCAGGUGUUCAAACCUUACCUUGUGAGGGUAAAAGGAGCCCAUUAACAGCCACUAGAUGGCAGCAUUUUUCCAUCCCCUUCUAUGAGUCAGCCACAGAUUACGGGACACAAGUUGUUUUGACAGCCUUGUUGGAGGAACAUUCGCUUUUUUAGCUUUUUUGCGAGCCUCUCCGAGGAGUCUUCUCCACAGUCUAAUUGUCUUUUUUUUCCACCCUCUUUAUGUAAGUGCUCUGCAUUUUAAACAUAACUGUGAACAACUGAUCGAUGACGGUGUCUGUCUGUUCAUGUUCGUCAGAACGUUAAUCCUUUUUGGAUGCACAGGCAGACGCUCACAUACUCUGAGAUAUGACUCUGAAUAUUUGCCCUCAUGAAGAAACAUGUUUGAUUUUCAAACUAGUUGCUGAUCUAAUCAGGUUCCUGUGGUUGAUCACAGCAAAUGUGAACCAGGAGAGCUGAGCAGACCAGCUGUUAUUUAUUUAUUUAUUUAUUUAUUUUUGCCGUCUUCUUGCGUGUGUCAUAGCAGGUGUUUAUCCCCCUAAUCUGCAGUGCUGGAAUUGAGGUUGUGGCGAGCACUGUCCUCAUCAGCACAGUCAUUGUUCAUUUCUCUGUGUGUGCUGCUUGAUCUGGGGGCUUAAUUACCAGAAGUGCAGUGGUUGGCAAAGUGGGAGGACUAAAGUGGACACUUUGAACUCUAAUCCUCCACGUGAGUCGCACACAAAUCAAAUGUGCAGCGCUUGUUCAAACGGAAAAUCUCGAAGUCAGGCAGCAGCGCUCUCCUGGGGAGGAGCAGCUCCAGUUUGUUAUAGCAUUUCACACUCUGCCCCGAUUCUGUGAAAUGUGAAUCAUCCUUCUCGCAGAGACGCUGGAUCACACAUCUCCCACUACUUAAGUUGACAGCAUUUUUGUUUCCUGUUUCAGUCUUUCCUUUUUUUUCUCUCGAGUCAACGGUGGUAAAUUUCCUUUAAGUCAUUAGGUUGCUUCUUUGAUAAGACUUCCCUCAUGGAGUGAGAUAAUUACAGUGAUCAAGCAGUUGCAAUCCACAGAAAUUGGAUUUUUGUAAUUCGCCUCUGAUGAAUAAUGGAUGUGCCUCUCUCUUGACUUCUCUCCAUCACUGCUCUUCAUGGAUCAUUAAUUUCUCUUUCAGCUCCUCCGACAGUGCAGCGAGGUUUCAAUAAAGACUUUGGGAAGAAGGGCCCAUCUGCCAUGCCCGGUACCCCAGGGGGCGGCUCCAAAGUAGUGCCCAUCGCCAGCCUCAAUCCCUACCAGUCCAAGUGAGUACACUCCCUGGUCAGCGGGGGAUGAUGAGCGCUAUUAGAUGUUUUACAUAAAACACUGAAUCAUCAUUUCAACUGAAAUAAAAAAAAUUCAAGAUGAAGAAGUAAAAGUACACAACAGGACUGACUUAAUGCCAGAAAAACUGUGUGAAGGUUCUAGAAUAUCAGCCGAACAACAUUUAUGAUAGUUUAUUUUUACACAGAAUUUUUUUUGUGUUUUGCCUGAUUCGGCUGUCAAGUCUGAAGAAAGACCGAAAAAAUGACGAGUAUGAAAGUAGAGGAUGAUAGACAGCAGAGGUUUAAGGCUAUAAGUCAAGCCAGUGACCUCUGGAUAUAGUGCAUGAGCUUUAACUGCAGACACCCCAUGAGAGUUUCUGCUGUGCUCGACUCUGUGCUCAAACACUUAUACAUUAAUUUCCACCUCUAAAUCUCAUCAUCUUAUUGCUGUUUGUACAAGAGUAUUAGGGCCACAAGAAGAGACAAAAAUAAUCACAGGAGGGAGAUUUUUUUUAAUUUCCAUAUAAGGAUUAAAGUUGAAAUUUUAAAGAAUUGAAAUUUCGACUUUAUUCAUGUCGACUUUAAUCUUGAAUUUUUAACUUUAAUCUCAAGAUUUAGAUUUUUUAAUCUCAAAUUUUCGACUUUAAUCUCGAAAUUUUGACAUUUUGUAAUCUUAAAAUUUCAACUGUAAUCUCCAAAAUUUCAAUUUUUAAUCUUAAAAUUUCUACUUUUCUGACAUUUUUUUUUCUUUUUUUAUUUCAAAAUUUCAACUUUAAUCAUGAAAUUUCAACAAUAAUCCCCCUCCUGUAAUAUUUUUUUUCACUUCAUGUGGCUCUAAACCUUUUUUGUAUGUUUGUCCAUAAACAAAGCCCUAACUUCGUCGUCUAACUUUUGUUACAAACCAGGUUGAGGGUUCACGCUGACUUCUUGUCAAAUCUUUAUGUAACAUGCCCUCACUUUCUAUCACUCGAGCCUCACAGCUGCUUUUUUCUCUGCUGAGUAGUAAAAGUAUUGAAAGGGAAAUAAGUCUUCCUUGCCUUUCUUCACAUGACCACUUGGAGACAAAUGGGAGGUAUAAAUGGGUGAAUGAUUAAAAUAAUGAAGGAGGGUGUAACCUUAAUUUCUGGGUUUCAGAGCUUUUCCUAAAAAAAGUGUCUGUCUGACAGGUGGACUAUUCGGGCCCGUGUGACCAACAAAAGCAGCAUUCGCACCUGGAGCAACUCUCGUGGUGAUGGCAAGCUCUUCUCCAUGGAGAUCGUGGAUGAGAGCGUGAGUCUGAUUCAUGAGUUCCUCCUGUGAUGAGCUCAAAACUCUGCGCUGUCUAACAGGAAAACUCAACCGUACGUUUUCUUCCAGGGAGAGAUUCGUGCGACAGGCUUCAACCAGGAAGUGGACAAGUUCUUCAGCCUCAUUGAGACUGGCAAGGUGAGGUGUCCCCCAGAUAAUGAUUCAUAGUGUCCCGCUACGUUCCAAACUGUCCCCCAGCAUGCUGCCGUAGACAGAUUUGGCUGCUGACUGUUCUUACAGCAGCUGCCAGCACUCGGUGAGUUCAAACCACAGAGACUAUGAAUGAGUCACCUGGCUACACUGUGUCCAAACAAUAAGCCGCUUAUGAUCAUCUGCCAGCCUUUGUUGAUCCCCUCGGACUGUCUCAAGUCGUAUCUUGUCAGCACCAUCCAGACACACGCUCUCUGAUUAACACGCGAGUUCACCCAUCUGUGCGACCCAGGUCUACUACAUCUCCAAGUGUACCCUGAAGAUGGCCAACAAGCAGUACACAACCGUGAAGAAUGACUACGAGAUGACACUCAACGGGGAGUCGACCAUCAUCCCCUGUGAGGACACCAGCGACGUCCCCAUGAUGCAGUACGACUUUGUCUCGAUCGAUCAGCUGGACAGCAGAGAGAAAGAUUCCAUUAUCGGUGAGAUGCACAAGCAAACCUGUGUGAUACAAACCCAGACAACACACUUCAUGACCCCAGGUUGUAAUUUUACACGAGAUCCACCAGCAAACAUUCUCCUCAGCCUAAAGGUAGGGUUGGUAAUCACAGCAAAGUAGUUAAAAUUUGAAUGUAGCAUCUUCUCAGGACUUUGUCUAGUUACUCCAACCUCCCCUUGGAGCUCCUCCAAAACAAUGUCUCCCGCUCACAUGCACAAUCGCUCAAAACCACAGACUCAAAACUUUGGGAUUUUGUGCUGCGUUCGAGUGACCUUGGAAGUCAGAAGUCCAAGCUGACAAUGACGUCACACCCGAGUUUCCAGGGAGGUAGAAACAAGAUGGCUACAUCUACGAAAGUUGUUUUAGCACUUGCCUCGUCUGAACAUAAAGGAACUCGGGUUUGAUGUAAUUUUCAGCUCCGACAUCUGACUUCUGAGGUAACUCGAGUGAAUUAGAUUGGGAAGUCUUUGCACAGCAGGGACAAAGAAGGUAACGUCGUUAGCAUAGGGAUGACCACAUAACUGGCAACAUAGCUAAAUACUUAUGAAGAUUAAAAACCACCCCGAAACAAACCCUCAGUGUACCUUUCCAACAGUAAAAAGUGACCAUGGCAUCACUUUUAAAGCCCUUAACCUCUUUCAGUUCGCUCCAUCGCUAAAAAGCUGUUCGAUGUUGACUUUAGUUUUCGCCCUUGCUUUCUACAAACUCUGUCUCACUUCGGCCGUCUCUGCCUCCGUCUUUCUUUUCUUGCUCUUUUCUGCUGGAGGAGCGGUCACCAUUCAUCUGGGGAUAGGUAGUUUCUCUGCCUCUCAGCUCAGUUAUGCACAUUGAAUCAGGGCCAGUGCACGCCGGCGACAUGUACACGCAUGAGGCAAUCACAGGAUUUGAUUGGUUUAAAAAUCUGGGACCCACACAAUGUGAUUGGCUGGUGUUUUCCCAGUUUUACUCCUGCUGUCGAUAACGGCUAUGUUUCGCUCUUUUUUUGAGAACACAUCAUGUAUUGGAACAUAAAGAUAAUUUGAACCAGAAUAACAAAAAGUCUAUCUAUAUCAGAUUACCAGCCCUACCUUUAAACCUUAUCUCUUUAUUCGAGGGUUCAUCUCCCAUGGGUCUAAGUAUUGCUUUGUUUGAGCUGAAGACUUCUCACACAUCAUUUGCCAGUUUGUUUUUAUCGCUGCAGGUCGUAUAAAGGCAUUUUAAUAAACUAUCCAGCUCAACUCUCAGCUUGAACGCCUCCGAUGCAACUGCACACCGCCGAAUGACCGGAUAAAACCUUUACAGGCAGUCUGUGAGGUGUAAAAUAUCUCCAGCCUGUGGAGCCGAUAGGUUAAGAGAAAUUUGAUGCAGGUCAAAAGCAGCGGUUGUGUUCAUCCCUCUUUGGAUUUUAGUCACAGUGACUGGCUGGAAGUCUCGUUUUAAUGAGCCUCAGUAAAGAGUUUUCCUUCUCGUCUUUUGAAGCUCUUUCAAACCUCCCCAGCUUCCUCUGCCUCCCCCUAAAACAACGUCUUAUCUCACACUAUAAAAUAUUGUAUACAAGCAGCUACUUGGACCAUAACAUCACUCGAGUCCACUUUAGACCUUUUUAUUUGGAAACCUGUUAUGUCCCAUAACACCCCGUCUUAUGUCUAUUACUCAGAAACAGGCUGUGCGCACCCUUGAGGCUCAGUUUGUUCCCGCGCUGUAUCGGAGCAGCGGGAUGAUCUAUCUACUAGAAGCUGCUUUUUUAGCUGUUUGAAUAGAGGCGAAGUUUUGCCAACAUAUUUUCCGAGACAUUAAGUUUGUGGUUGUCUCGUAGUACUCUGUGCCCUCGACAAAUGUACAAAGAGCGGGGUUGCGUAACACGGCACAUAAAAGAGCAAUAACGCCAUUUCUCCGAAGCGAGCGUCCCGUGAACCAAAUUCCUCUAAUUCCUCAUGUAACGGCACAUCUGUGAGGACGAAACAAUUCACGAAUCUCUGAAAGCAGCGGACUGAAACUCUGGCCAUUUCCUUCACAUGCAGAGGAGAGAUUUGUAGCCGGACGUAUAUCCAGAUAUGUGGGGAGGUGGAGGUAAUUACUGCACAUAAGCAGAGAGAUAAAAGUGGUGUUAAUAACGCCGAUGACAGUAAUGGCCUGCAAUACAGAUUGACUUUGGCCCUCUGAAAAGUGGAUGAGAAAAUGAGAACCUGCUGUCACAGGUAAAAUGAAGUCAUAAUAAGGAGGCCGCUCUAAUUCUUCUAAUGAAGACUGCUGCUUGGACCGCUCUGAGUCAUUUGUCUCAUGGCAUCAGCUGUUCCCUUCAUCGCCGUUAAACCGCUUCGCCCGGAGGGUCAGGCGUUUCUGUUUGACUCCGCUUUUUGCACCUUUUAAAAAGAAGUGCCACUGUUUUUCCACCCGAUUGCAUUACCGAACAAAGAUGAAGCGCAUCUCUGAAAAGGAAUUAAAGCCAUUUCACAGAUUGCCUGUAAAUUGUGUCUGUAAGUGGCAGGUACACAGGCCAGUGAACCCACACCUGAUUUGAAAUGAAUGAAUUAGUCAUUUCCCCGAGAGCCAAUUUGUGCUCGAAACUUAGAGACCUAGAGCGACCUGUAAGCAUUAACACCCGAGUAAAUAUUUAUGAUAUGUAUAUGCGGGCGAACUCGGUUAGUUUUGACAAUUAGACCAUAUGUGGCCGCGGUUUUUGCAGGAAAGUCUAAUGCGAUGUUUACUUAAAUUCUCCGCUGCAAAAUACGAGUGAAGAAUGUUAAAAAAUAAGGCAAGUAGAUCCAGUUUGUGCUGCAGAUGUGUAUCAAGGAUUUGUAUUCUCUUAACGCAGAUGUGAUCGGAGUGUGUAAGAAUGUGCAGGAAGCAAUGCGCUUCACCACCAAGGCCAACAAAGAAGUUACCAAGAGGACACUGGAUCUCAUGGACAUGUCUGGGAAGGUGGUGAACGUCACCUUGUGGGGAGAGACGGUGAGUUUCAACAUUAGAUCAAACAUGGAUAUAUAAUAGUGAAGAGGUUAGAGCUGGGCGAUAUGGCCUCAAAUCAAUAUCAUGAUUGAUAAAUGGACGAUAACUACUCCACAAGCUGCUCACCCCCUCCCACAUUAACUUCUACUUCAGCUGCUACAACUUUUGAACUGUCCUCCAUCUCCUCACCUGUCUAUCCCUCUUUGAUACAGACUAUAUGGGGUGGAGUCACAUCUCUGAUGUAGGACAGAGUCUUAAAGGGACAUGAGACCAUAGCCCACCUACACACAUCUAAAACCAACUUUUAUUCAUUUAUCUUUUUGGACACCGAAUAUACUGAUAUGGGCAAAAUGACGUUGGUUUUUGUCGUGAAUUUCGGUAUCAGUAAAUUUUCGGUUUAUCGCCCAGCCCUAGUAGGCAGAAGUUGAUUUCCUCUGCUCUAAAUGUCCAGAGGAAAUCAACCUUUCCCUCGAAUCACCUUCAACAAACACUCCCAGUGUGAAGCUUUUGUGCCGUUUUAAGUCAGUUUGACAGGAAUGUGUUUUAAUUAGACGGGGUUUUAAACGUCAGCUGAGCUCUACUGUGAGGCAGAGUGAGAAUUAAAUGCACUGAACUGAGCGUGCAUUGUCCAGUCGAGGUGGAUGUGAUAAAAAUCUUGGACUGGAUACCCUGCCACGGCUUGAUAAAGUGACUGUCCUCCUGCAGUUGAUUUUUACCUGUGGCGCUGAGGGACUGUGCUGAGUUCGCCACCAUCUUUCUCCUUCCUGACAAGCAGCACAGUGUACCAUGUUUGUUUGUUCGACAGAUACCCUCUUCUCUGGAGGGACCGCCGAGGUACACAAGAUGUAGAGUUUAUAAAGAACAAUGGGAAUGCCAAAAAGCAAGUGUUGGAAAUACCCCCCCCCCCCUUCCUCUGAAGGCUUUACAGCUGCCAUCUCCUUUAUUAUUGUCUUCUCUCAGGUUCCUACAGUAAAGCGCUCAGGAAGACAACAAAACUGAAAAGCGAGCAAACAAUAGAUACGUUUCCAAGGCAAUGACAGUGAUUCUGAGUCUGACACAUAAAAACAUUUGAUUGUUGAGGGUAGCUGAAGGGAUGGUAAAGUCUGUUGUUUGGCUGCGUAUUUGUUCCACCACUUUGAUUCAGGCUUGAAUACGUUGAGGAAUAAAAAGUGGAGUUAGACGAGAUGAGAUGCACACCUUUGACUCCUCUUUAAGGUCCACUAUGAGGAGGAGAUUUGUUCAUGUAAGCAAAUAAUUUUUAUAACUUUCAUACAAUCUAUUGGAAGUUAGUAGAAAUCAAUAUGUAGCAGUGAAAAAUUUGUGCGUCUUUUAAAAUCCACUGAUUUAUUUAGCCAUCAACACACACAAACAAGUGAGUAGGGCUGGGCCAUAACCCGAAAAUAUGCCGAAACUGAAAUUUACGACAAUAACUAAUGUCAUUUUGCCCAUGUCAAUAUAUUCGGUGUCAAAAAUAAAUAGAUAAAUAAAAGUUGGUUUUGGAUGUGUGUAGGUAGGCUAUGGUCUCAUAUCCCUUUAAGACGCUGUCCUACAUCAGAGACGUGACUCCACCUCCACAUUCAGUCUGUAACAAAGAGGGAAAGACAGGUGAGGAGAUGGAGGACAGUUCAAAAGUUGUAGCAGCUGAAGUAGACCAAGUUAAUACGGGAGGGGGUGAGCAGCUUGUAGAGUAGUUAUUAUCCAUUUAUCAUUAUCGAGGUGAACUGCUCAAUAUAGCGUGAUAUUGAUUUGAGGCCAUAUCACCCAGCCCUACAAGUGAGCAAUGUAAACUCAGUGGCUUCCCACUCAUUUCACCACAUAUUUAAGCAUCUGAUGUUAGAGCACAACCUCCAGAUUCAAAGUAUCAAUGCUGAACCUGACGAGCCAAGAAAAACAACAAACAAAUCUAGACAUGCACGAGUAACAACAAAGUUCUAAUGGUUGUCUGUCCUGUGAUCAUCUUUUUUUGCGUAGGCAGAGACGUUCGAUGGCUCGGGACAGCCCAUCUUAGCCAUUAAGGGGGCGAAGCUUUCAGACUACGGAGGCCGCUCCCUCUCUGCAUCCUUCAGCAGCACCCUGAUGGUCAACCCAGACAUCCCGGAGGCAUACAAGCUCCGUGGCUGGUAAGUGAGCUGAGGGGUCAUAGAUAACACAGUGCAGAAAACUGUGUCUGUAUGUUCAGGCAGAUGAGGUGCAGGUAUGAAACAUAUCAGAGGGCGUUUUUUUUAAUAUAUUACCCAUUCUGGAAGUGUUGCUGUGGAAAUGGAAGAAUCUAAGAAUCGGAUGGCGUUUCCAUUUCCCAAGUCGCAGGAGUGCAUGCUUUGAUUCUCAUUAUCCAGAUUAGUUUUCCCCCAUUAGCCACAAUGUUGGGGGUGCUUCAAUAGAGCAUUACAUAUAAAUGGAAAUCAUACGUAAUCUGUGGAGAUGCUUUUUUUCACUUAGCUCAGCGCCUUUCCAGAUGAGAUGAAAUCCAGUGUGAUUUUUGUGUGAUUAUGCUGAUUGGUCUCACUCCUCUCUGUGUUUGUGUCACUUUUAAGGUAAUUUCAUUCUCACAUAUGUCUUCACGCUUACGUGGGAUUAUGUGGAAAUGAGUCGGGACCUCUUUGUUUCAGAAAAAAAGUCACUUUAAGGUUUUAUUGAAGUUACUCCAGCCAGAUGCGGAGCUGCUGAUGCUCUAAGACAUUUAAUCCAUGUGAAAGUGUUCCUAGAACUUCUGUGUUUGUUUUUCUUUUAACAGAAAACACAACGUUCAAGACGAGAGCUUUCAUCUUCGGUCUUCGAUUUCCUCUUUUUUCAUAUUUUUUUUUAGCUUAUCCUCAGAGUAAAACAUAAUCCAAAAAUAGACAAGGAUAAAAGACAUCCUGCUACUAUUUACUUUUUUAAUUUAUUCAUUUAUUCAAAGAUGUACAUCUCCCACAGCCAGUGUGAAGGUUUACAAGCCCCCCCGUCUUCGAAGGCUGCAUGAAGAAGUGCUGCACAGGUUGGCACAUGAUUGAUAGAUGAGGCUGCACUCACUUGGACCAAGGUGGGGGUUGAUACUUAACCUCACUCCAGCGCCGUAGCACCCCUGAUUGAUCCGUCCUCCUUAUAGAUCACGCUUAAACAGGCGCGGCCUGCCCCUCCUCUCCGACGCGAAAGCCAAUGUCUCUAUUUUAGCGAGUGGAGAUCCAAUCGAUUCCGUCCAAAGGGUUUUCAUUUGUUUACCUCCCAACACCGGCGCCCCGCUCUGCACCCAGAGAGUAAACAGCUGAGAUUUAUUUUGUGACAAGUCCAAUGCAGUCUCUUACUCUGCCUUGACAGAUGUGGCUGUGAGCGUUUAUACAUGAUCACAGAGGCUGAUCUGCAUAAUCAGAGCAGUGAGAUGUGACUGCGCUUCACAGGUGAGAGAAAGAAAAUCAGAAAAUAUGCCCAAAUUUGCCGCUUUAAUCAGAAGCCUUGGCUCAUGGUAAUUUAGCAGCAGCCUCAGGCUCUUCUGAUCAUACAUUUAUAUUUAUUUUGGUGUUUUAAUUUUUCAGGAUGCCAACUGCCGACUCUUUUUUUUUGUCAUGGGAUUAUUUAAAUGUGCUCUGAUUGAAAGUGUUGUAUUAUCAAGAACACUCCGGGGUCUUCACUUUCUUUACCUGAACCGCUCUCCUCCCCGCUGCGGCUCAGUCUACUUAGAAUUCCUCCGCUGGUUUCUGUAUAAUAACACUUUCACGAGGACAAACCAGAGAUAAUGAUCCUUUAAAUCCUCCUCUUGGUUUGUGCGCCGCAGGAGAGGCAUCGGUGGGUAUGGGCCGCCUUUUGACAAGAGGUUCCCGCAGGUUCGCGCGCAUCCACAAAUCAACAUUUUAAAAGUCACAGAUGAAAGAAGGCGAGACCUCACUCCAUACCAAGCAGUGAAGGCGAGGUUGUUGUGAUUAGCGGACUCGCCCCCACGCAGAGACGAGGGCGACCAGAAGAGCCUCCUUUGUUUGUCUGCGUUUCUGGCCUCUUCAAAAAGAUGAUGUUCGGUGAUGAGAAUGAAGUUGGCGUGUGUUUUUAAUGCGAGACGUCAAGCUGUUGAAUACAUAAUGCGUGUUUUGUUGUGCUGGUGAUAAGCCCCGGUCUCAGGGUGGCUGUCGUCCACCGAGCGUGUCCCCUAAUGGUUGUUCUGAACGCCAAGAUGUGAAUUAAUGGAAAAAAAACAGAGCAAGGAAGCGAAUCAAUUAUAAACUGAGUGAACCUUUUUGAUGAGUAUUUUCUUAAUCUCAGGCUGGAGAUGCCUUCACCUUUACUGCACAGCCAAGGCAGCUGAAACCUUAUUGUUUCACGCCGGUGGAGGCGUCUUAAUUUGAUUGUGUUUUGGCGCAGACCUUUGGGAUUUCCUCAAAUGAAUAGUCUCUCCUUGGCGGGCUGUUAACACAAAAUCACGCCGAGUAUUAGUGGUGCGGCUCAGCACUUUCCAUUGUGCUUGUAAAUAAGACUGCUGCCCUGUGCACUAAUUAUCUUGAUCUGGGGUUAAUCUGAGGUCUUGUAUAUCGUUCGCUCCGUUCGCUGGAUGCCCUCAAACUUCUUUUUGAUAUUAGUCGACACAGAAUGUCAAGUAAGCACUCUGCAGGAACCCUCACCUUUUAAAAAGACGAGCAGCAUAGAAACAAGUUGCACUUUCUUUCAUCCGACUGUGUGGAUGCAGAUGUCCAUUAGGUGGCAACAGCACAUUUAGAGACGGUCAUGCCGCCUCUUGCCUUCCCGACAGGCAGGGCAGUCUCUGCUCUCUUCACUACAGUAGCUGUGCUUUAUUUAUAUCUCUGUGCUUGAUGCCGUCAACCUCAGACAUUCAGCCAAGACUCAUUUUUCUCCACACUGACAUCCUCUCUGUCUCCUCCAUCAUGACUGAAGUCCACAUGAACAGGCUGCAGCGUUUCAGUCGGGACACUUAUUAUGGCAGAGCUGGACCAUAUAACUCAGCUGAACAUCACUCCUCCUCCUCCUCUAAUUGACUGUAGUGUUAUCUCAGCUGAAUUAGAUUGGAAAUAAAGAGGGGAAGAAUUGCUGAAAUUAAUUAAAAACAGACUUACUGAAUAUUUUAAACCAAAGUCAGUCAAAGGCGUCAGACUAUUAGGAAUUCCUCCCUCGGUAGCACUCCCCUCGUUUUUUCAGUCACCGCUGGCAGCAAAGCGCGUUUCUACCAAAGCAUACAACCAGAUGCUUGACUGGAUUUGCUUGAUUUUGCACAAAGCUGUCUUUUCAUUAAUUGCCAAGCUAUUUUAAUUUAUUUCAGUAUUUAUUUUAGCGAGACCUGCUGUGCCGAGAUGAAAUAAAUCAUACAGAAGGGAACAUUUGGGCAAGUAGUAAGAAGUAGAAACAUUAACUUUUUGUGGAAACAUUUUUUGGUGAUAAGCCAUCCAAAAAGCCCAGUAUUUCUUUGGUACAGCUGUUAAAAUGUGAAGAAUGAACUAUUUCUUCUCGCCAAAGAUGAAACAAAUUAAAUAUCUGGAGAUUUGGACUUUUUGGACUGAACAGGCGUGUUUGGAUACUGAAGGGUUGAGUCUUAGAAGUGAAUGUGGAUAAAAAUCUGUAAAUUUGGAGCUUUUGUAUCUUCAGACUUAAAUUCUAAAAGGUCACGAAGAGAUCUUGAGGGUGUACAGGUGAGUGGAAUUCAAAUGAAACUGUAACAACUGUACAGGGAUGUCAGUUUUGAUGUUGCACAGUAAAUCCCUUUGGACGAGGGGUGGGCAAUAUGGCCCAAAAAUGUGUUUACAUAGCUCUUUUUCCCAGCAGCAGUAUUGUUAGGGCUGGGCGAUAUGGCCUCAAUUCAAUAUCGAUAAAUGGACGAAAACUACUACAAGCUGCUCACCCCCUCCCACAUGAACUUUGUCUACUUCAGUAGCUACUCCAGCCGCUACAACUUUUGAACUGUCCUCCUUAACCUCACCUGUCUUUCCCUCUUGGAUGGGGUGGAGUCACGUUUCUGAUGUAGGACAGCGUCCUAAAGGGACAUGAGACCAUAGUCAGCCUACACCCAUCCAAAACCAACUUUUAUUUAUUUAGUUCGACACUGAAUAUUAACAUGAGCAAAAUGAUGUCAGUUAUUGUUGUAAAUUUCAGUAUCGGCAAAUUUUCGGUUAAUCGCCCAGCCCUAAACGUGCUCAAAGUUCCUCUAAACAGUUCUUAGAUUCCUUACUGGACUCCUGUUGAUGCCUUACAGAAGAGAAACUGGAUUCAUGUCGCACUGAAGACAGCUGAACCAUAAUGACAACGUAGCCUAACAUACGCCUCUGUUAGCUUGUCUUUGCUUUCAUGAUGCUAAAAUGAGGAAACACAAAAGGACACGAGUGGAUUCAUCCCUACAGCAGAACCUCCACUGGGACCUUGUAAAAUCAUGGGGGGCUCAGUGUUGAGCCACAUGUCAUUGACUGCAGCCGAGCUGGCUAACACCAUGUCACACACAACAUGGAGUAAUCGUGUUUGUGGUGUGUUUGCUGCUCUCAGCAGCGACUUCAGAGUCUUAGCUCAAAGCUCAGAGCACUGCUUACUUAGACUUUCCCAUCAUCCCCUCAUGCCGCUCCCUCUGACACAUCUGCUCCCGUCCUGUCCGUGUUCAUUGAUACACUGACACUUGACACGUCUGUGUCACACACGCACACGCACGCAUGUCUGCCACCCCUCCAGUCAUUUAUUUGUGUGUUCCUGCAGAUACUUUGUCUCACUGAAGAAACAUUCCUCUGAGCUGGGAUGUGCCUGCUCUCAGAUGACUGUUGCACAUUUUCUGCCAAAUGUAAUUUGCCCUCUUUUUUUCUUUGUCUCCUCCAUCACGAUCACUGUCUGCUGUGCCAUCUCUGUUUCCUGCGCUCCUCCUCCCCCUCCUCCUCCUUGUGUGUGUGUGUGAGAUAAAAACAGCAGCAGCUCUAAAACUCAGAGACCGUCACGGUGGGAUCUUGUUGAGCGUUUUACAAUCCUUUUGGGUGUCUGUCAAAUCAGAUGUCCAGAGCGGCUGUGUAACACUGCGAAGCUUCACUCGUCUGCAGUCUUAUCUUCUAAAAGUGUUAUGCAUUUUUAAUCAUCCCAGCCAUGUUGUCCCAAGAUUUUGGUCCUCCUUUGCAGAGCAUCUGUCUUCAGAGGGAUGUUGAGCUGUGACUGAAAAGCGGAUCAGUCAGAAUCUCUUUUCGCUCGCUCCUGACGAGGAGGAGCAGUGCAGGUACCCGACUGAGGAAUGUGUUGCCGCCGUGAAGACUGGCUCACAUUCGUCAGCCUGUGUGCGACUCUGGCCACAGUCUGAGCUCUUAAUAGGGAUAUUUUCAAUUAGUCAUGCCUGCAGGAGCGAGGCGUGCUCUCGCUGUAUUUACAAUCUGACCCCCCAUUGUGUACCUCGCUGCCUCAUGGCCAACAGAUUAGAAAGCUCUAUAGAUCUCAGUGACCAUGUUUAACUGCUUUCCCUGACUCCACAUACACCAGUGUUCUACCUCCACCUAUCUUUCUCUCCACCCUCGCCUUCCCCCCAAUUGUCUUCCCUGAAUUACCGGGAACAUUGGGUGAAAAUGGGUUUCUUAUAUCACUGUAACAGCCCUGACCCUGGCCAGCUCAUCUGUCCCUCUGCUGUUGAUUCAUUUCACGAGCCUCUCAGCUUGCCUCGCUCUCAGCUCAACCAUCCCUGCUUUGACAAACACGAAUGGAUGCUGUGGGUUGAACAGGAUGUUUUUUAAAGCUCGCCGUUUCAUGAACAGGCCCCGGGUUUGUGGAGAGCCGUGUGAACAGCGGCGUAUUGUUUCACUCAGGGUUGUCUCAGCGUCCGAUUUUUUUCAUUUCAAACUUUUCUUUUUCUGUUUAUUUAGAUGUGUUUUGAAAAUGCUGCACAUCAGUUAUUUUCAUGGUAUUGAUAUUUUGCAUCGCUCAAAAGAUCUUUAUUAGCUUUAAAGGUGGGGAAGGCAGGAAUCUGUUAAAGAAGCAUCUUUUUUGUGGUGUACACACAAAAAGGCUUUUAAUAUCAGUCAAUAGCUCUUCGGGCCAGGAGAAAAAAUUGAUUCUCAUAAGUAUUGCGAUUUUUUGUUUUAUAAUUUUUAAAUCUAUUUUCAUGUUCAAAAAUCUUUUUUUUUUUUGUGUGUGUGUGUGUGUGUAUGUGUGUUUUCUGGGGAUAUAUGGUUCCUGGAAUAGUCAGUAGACAAUUCUAAUCAUUCAACUUUUUCACUGGUGUUUAAAAUGCAGACUAAAAAUUGAGAAAAUCGACAAUAUCGUAGAAUCGCAACUUAAAUUGAAUCAGCAUCCAAAAAAUUGUAGAAGAAUCGAAUCGGGAGAAAAGCGUAUCGAUCCAACCCUAAUAGCUUUUAGUUAUUGAUGACAUUUGAGAAUAUCAUGAUAUCGCUGCGUUCUCUUAUGUCUGUGUAGUCAACAUUUUAAAAAAUUUUUGAGUGUCACACUCAUUCUGACUGUAAACAAAGCCGUUCUCCACCUCCCCGAUCUGAUUGGUUGAGAGGCUGGCUACAAGGCAACAAAGUUGCAUGCACAACUGGACCAAAAACAAUCUUCUGACAAUGGCGGACAGUGGAAAGAAGCUGGAGAAGCAAGAGAAAAAGCCGUCUCUUCUUUUGGCCACGACUGCCCACACUCCAAAGAAAAAGAUCAAAAUAUUGAGGACUUUAGCCAAAAAGCAGACACUUAAGAAGAAGAGAGACCAGGCAAGAAAUAGGGCCAGAGUAAACAUCGGUGUAACCUUUGAACGAUGGUGGACCAGACGCGAUUUAAGAAAUUUUAGAGAAGGUGCGAGCUGUGAUUUAAAGUCUUCUUAUCCCAGUAUAAGACCUGCUUCAGCGCUUCAGAUGUCUGUUGAUAAACCGCCGGUAAAUUGGAGCGAUGUGAGCGAGGGCUGUUUGUGGGCGGGGCUUGCUGAAGCAGAGGGGGAAAGGAGAGGAGGAGCUGAGGGGAAAACCAGGAGGCUAGGGGUGGUGUUUACAUUUAAGAUUUCCCCCAAAAACUGGUUUCUAUUCAGAUCCUGCCGACCCCACCUUUAUCAACAACGAUUAAAUAAAAAAAACUCGUUUCUGAGUCGGUGAAGUUUGUUCACUCACCUCAGCAGCUUCUUCAGCUUGAACGCUGAACUCCAGCCCAGAAGUUUUCUUCAGUGCACAAACAGCAUAUAAAGCUUUAAAAUUAGAGUGAGGCCGUUUCUAAGGAAGUCGUUUACCAAGGUGGAAAAGGUGACGGCUGUCGCAGGCACAUAAAUCCUUGUUAGCUAUGACCGGAUGUCAAACGAUUACCGUCUCUCUUUCUUCACGUAGGUAUGACAAAGAGGGCCACGCCAUGGAGGGACAGUCUGUGUCAGAGGCCAGAGGUGGCGGCGGAGGAGGAAACACCAACUGGAAGACUAUAUCUGAAACCAAGACCGAGCAACUUGGACACGGAGACAAGGUAAGGCGUGAUAGGCGUGAUCCGGUUAGCUUUGACGCAUCCACACAUUUAAGAUAUGGAAACCUCUGAUGUAUGAGGACUAUUCAAGUGGGAUUCUUUGAGGGGGGGGCUCAAGGACGAACUCAAAGGCUGGCAUUGAAUCCCAAACAACAAAUAUAAAAGCGCCCACAGUAAAGCUGGAUCCAGGUCUAUAUAUCCUCCGUACGGGGUAACCUUGUCGCUCGUAGCGCCGCGUUGCAAAAGUGCUUUUUAGCGGAGAGUCAGCGUGAUGAAUCUUCAUAAUCACUGACUCAUAAAAUCCCUGCACCACUAAGUAUCUGCACUAAGGUCCCCGGUCUGCCUCAGCUCAUUAAUCCCGUGUGUUGUGGGUGUCCUCUCACAGUCUGGGUGUAUCUUAGUGAUGAAAAUCACAUUUAUCCCCGGUAUUGAUCACUCGGAUUAUAUAGACUCUGCUCUCUGCCCUCUGUGAUUAAAUUACUUCCCUCAGAUAAGUAAAAUAAUGUGUUCCUCAUAUUCCUGAGUUUUAUUUUUACACUUGAGGGGAAAAAAGUAUUCCCGGGUUUCUUUAAAAGCCUGCAGUAGAUGAUGGGAAAUAUGUGCAGAGAUCUUAACUUGUCUAAUUUAGCAUGCUCUGGCUGUUAGCAAUCAUCACAGUUUGACAGAAACACCCCACUAGGACAAUUAACAGAUGGAUGGGAUUAUGAAAGGGCACAACGAUUUCUGCUCUCGCUGUAAAAGACAAAAAACUCCGAGCUCUAAAAUCCUCAGGAAAUAGAGAAGAAGAUUAAACAGGAGCAGCAGCUACAAGAAGUAAUAUUCUGUAGUAAAAGUAGAAUCAAAAUCAAAUGAAAAGUAUGUUUUGAAGAGCGAGUGUAUAUUUUUUUCUUAUGUGAAUGCAGUUCUGCUGCCAAAAGAUUGGAGCAACCAUGUCCUACUUCUGGCUGCCUCAUAACUCUCUCUUUUCUGGUCUGAACUGCAGGAUUCCCGGUCACAGAUACUAAAUGGCUUAUUGCUCCUCCUUAUGCCUCUUUUAGUGACGCCACUUCAGCCGUUCUAUCAUCUGGAGCUUUACAAUACAGCUCAAGCGGCCCCUAUCUAUUUUUUCUCCAUGAAAUUCCACAUCCACAAAUCCUGUCUGGGACCAUUAGGCUCCUGUCAGGUGGAGGUGCUUUUCCCGGCGUAAGCUCCCCCGCUGUUCAGGGAGGAAAGGUUUGACCCUAGGCUAUACGCAGGCUCUCACACCUCCUCAGCAUGGCGUGUGAUGAGGCCUCGGUACUGACAAAGGGCCCGCGCUAAAGCUGUCCUCAGUCCCUCCGAGACAUCCCUCACACAGGGGCACGAGGGUCAGGCCUCUCCAGACCCCCUCUAAACAAAGUGUGGCGCGAUUAAUUGCGGCUGUCACAAAGUCUUUGUGUCACAAUCCUCAGUUUCCACGAUGCUCCCGUUGGCCUCUCUGACAGUAGGUGCUCACCCUUCCUCUUGUUGGCUUGACACCGCGUUUGUAAAAGCCGACGACAGAGGCGAGAAACACAUUUUUCUGUUGGCUCCCCCGCUGCGGCGGCCCCGCUCAGUCACGUGACAUUUGAAGAGGUGUUUUUUGAUUAAUUGGGCCUCCUUUUGGAGAAGCAGCAGAGGUUGAUGACAGGGUUGCGGUUGGUAAAUCAAAACGGUAAUUAGACGAGAGUAGCCAGCGGCUCCUAUUGUUUUGGAGCAGGAGGAUUUUCUCUUAAACUGUCGCUGUCACCUACCGCUCUCUUAAAGGAGUGUUUAUUUAUUCAAAGUGAUGCGAAAUAUCAUUCGUCCUGUUGCGGAGUUAAUUGGGGUCGUAAACUGCCCCAGCGGUCGGCACUUGAAGAGAGGUGAAAGAGUUGACUCAAAGUUUUGGGACAUUUCACCGCUGAAUAAAUUUGACGACAUCAGUGAAAGCUUGGAGUAGGUUAGGAAGCGUCUCUUAACUUGUGCGAAAAACAUGAUUAAAACCGGUAGGGUGUAUUUUUCUCUUUAAAUACCUUUCUUAUCCCUUUGAACAAGGGUGUCGAAAUCAACCACAGUAAGGGUCAUAAUCUGGAUUUAGGUUUAAUCUAAGGGGCCAAACAGGGUCAACAUUUAACCAAAACUGUCAACCUCCUUUUCAAAAGAUAUAUAAAAAAAAAAACAGCAAUGAUUAUGAAACAUUUGGAAAUUCAAAAAAAGAAGUUUGAAGGCAAUCUGAGAGGAAAAAUACAAUUUAUUAGUUCAAAAGAUCAGAACAUAUUAAAAAUAGAAAAAUAAUGCUUUUCAAGAGCAAAUGUAUGAGGAGAAAGUUGGAAUCAGGUUUAAGAGGUCAAAAUAUGACUUAAAAUUUAAAAUUGGAAUGUUAAGUAUAAAAAUGAAAAGUCUAAAUACUGAAAUGAAAAAAAAAUCAAAGCAUGAAAUAAAAAAAAAUCCGAUCAUGUUUGACUCGUAAUCUUAAAAAUGCAAAAUUGAAAAUGUGAAAUAAAACAGAUUUUUUUUUUUCCCCACAUUUUUGACUAUUUAUAAAAUCUUUCUCACCCUUUACAUUUUACCAGAUUUUCGUGGCUUCUUCAGGAUAUUUCAAAUAAUGGUGCUGAAGUUUACAUGAUUAUACUGGAGGGCCAAUAAUAAUACAAAUAUGAUAUGAUCUCGUGGGCCAGAUAUAGUUGUUCCAUGGGCCACAUUUGGCCCCCGGACCUUGAGUUUGACACCUGUGCCUGAGAAAAAGUCCAACUCCGCCAUGCCUCAGUGUUUCCUCAAUCAAAAAUUACAGACUGACAUUGGUGCCUGUUUGAUUGCUCAGAUGUUACUGCUUCAAGGUUACAGCUGCUGCUCCGCUCCCUGACUCCGAACGAGCUCGCUUAGCCUUUAUCAAAGCGUGCGGGGCCCCUGCGUCCCCUCUGUUGUCAGAGCCAAUACUGAUGUUUGUAGGAGGGGGGGAGCUCUGUCCAAAACAAUCAGCUCUUACUCCCGACAACUAUCUGUCUUGUGCAUUAGGGCCUGCCCUUCCUGAGUGAACCCCUCUAGAGGAGGAGACAUGACGUGCCUCAUCUGCAAACAUGUCAAAAAUUUUUUGUUCGCGCUCAUCUGUUCUCACCCUAUGGGAAGUUCACGUCACUUACUGAGGUGUUUUCCACGCCGACUUGGAAUGCUCCCCCGAAGGCGGUUUGUGUGCGGCAGGUUUCCAAAGUUAACUUCCGUCUGUAACAAAGCAGAAGCUCCAGCGCGUAGUUUACAUCUGUGACAGAGACAUUUGAAUUCAGGUUAGGUAUGUAGAUCGUGUCGAGCAGCUUCACGACAGUUCAUACUCUCCUGGAAAUGUCAUGUUCAUGCUAAUUCCUGCCGUCCCGCUCCCAGUAUUCCAGUCGACAUGCCUAACACACGAAACACAAAGGUUGGGAAACAGACAGAAGACAUUCGCUCAGAUGUUGCUUUGUUUAUCUUCUCUUUUUAGGCCGACUACUUCACCUGCGUCGCUACCGUAGUGUACCUGCGCAAGGAAUACUGCCUCUACCAAGCCUGUCCCAGCCAAGACUGCAACAAAAAGGUGGUGGAUCAACAUAAUGGCACGUACCGCUGUGAAAAGUGCGACAAAGAGUUCCCCAACUUCAAGUACCGAAUCAUCCUCUCUGUGAGUAACUCGGCUUUUGGUUUCCGAAAACUUUCGAGUCUUUUUCCGGUGUGCCCCUCACGCGCACACACACACACAUAUGCUAAUGCACAUAUCUGAUAUUCCUGCUUUGUCCCGUGCAUUUGCCUCUGCUGAGGCUACGGAUACCAUCAUUUCUGUCCCCAUUUCUUCCUUUUUCUCCUGACUUACUUUUCUAAUUCAUCUCUUUUGCCUCCCAAGACUUGAGCGGCACUCUCCGCUAAUGGCUCGCUCCCUGUGGUUCCACAAUGGCCCCGAUCUGCUCUUUGCAGUUAAAUUUAGACCCCCUUUUCCUUUAUAAAGCACACGUCUGUUCUCGUGCUGGAAUAAGAACCACUGCGAGUUAAUUUCAGCAGCUUAGUUGGUAUUUUACAGAAAGUGCAGGAAUGGACGUCAUGAAGGCCGUUUUGCACACGGGUAUUUUCUUUUUUAGUGAACAACAACAACAUUGAAAUCAAAAACUCUCUCAGUCAGCAACAGAGAAAUUGCCAGGCACCUGAAAUAAGCAGCUUUUGUAUUGUGCCUCUCAACAGUCAACAUAUUGUUUCCCCCCCCACAAGCUGUAGAAGCAUAAGCUGUGAUUUUGCUUGCUCUGUAUAUAACUCGUGCCCACAGUGACUCUGCAUGUUUUGCCAGCAGGAUAUGCUUUAAUUACAGGGAAUAAUGAGUCCUUAAGAACAGAGAUCUGUUAAGCUGACGUGCCAACCACACACUGAUCCUUACUCAUGUAUGGAUCCAAUCAAUGUAUUUUCUCUUACCUUUUCGUCGUCUCCAUUUCACCGCAGGCCAACAUCGCAGAUUACGGGGACAACCAGUGGGUGACAUGCUUCCAGGAAAGUGCAGAGGCCAUCCUGGGCCAGAAUACAGCUUACCUGGGGCAGCUCAAGGACUCGGUGAGAUCUCCUUCCAGAGAAUAAUACCCGCCUCAGGAAAUAGCCGGAGCGAGGGCAAAACCUCGGGCUUUUGUUUCGGCCAAACAAGCGUGCACACAAAAGGCACACGUGCACGCUCCUGCGCUGACAGACUUUUUUUGUUUAGACGCCCACUGAGCUUUGUUUCCUUCAGGCAUCAUAAGAAGCCUUUCUCAUUGUUCAUUUAUUAGACACUUGAUUUACUUUGCACUCGAGACCAUGAUGAAACUAGCCUGUGAUUAAAAGAAUACGUGUUCCUCUUGGAAUUGGACCAAUCAGAUCUUGUCAAUUUUUCAGAACGAAGCCGCCUAUGACGAGAUCUUCCAGCAAGCCAACUUCAACAAGUUUAUCUUCCGCAACAGAGUGAAGCUGGAAACAUACAACGUAAGUAAAAGCAGGAAUGUUAAUUAGUCAAAUAAAAGGCCUGCGGGUUUGUUGUCAUCUCAGCAUGCUUUGUAGGCGGACCAUAUUGCUGCAUAAAAUAGAAAAUAUGCUCUCGUUAAAAGCUGCGAGGGAAAAAAAAAAGGAUGCAUCUCCAGCCCAUGAAACCGCCGUCAUUGCUUCGCGAGCUGAAAAUGCACAGCACACAAACAGCUUCUUUAUGCCUUUACCUGUUUGUGCGGUCCUCUCUGAUCGUUUCCCAUGCAUGAACAAAACCGGUCCGCUUUCAUUUUGACUGACAGAACCGUCUUAGGAAGAAAAGAAGAAGAAGAAAAAAACAAAACAAAACGGAGUGUUUGUCCAAGACUGCCGCUCAUUUUCAGCGGCUUUGUGAGAGGGUGCACACACAGAUUAGCCGCGGUCACUAUUUCCUGUAGGCCGCACAGAUAGAGGUUUGUUUUUUAGGGAAGCACAUAAAAGAAUUGAUUGGGCUGGGACUCUGAGCAGGAAGUCUGGAGCCGGGCCAGAGGCUGCAUCCGCCUUGAACACACAGAAGAGGCCACUGUGUCUGUCGCAUUCAGCUCAGCCUCCUCCCUGCCAAUGGCACCGCUACAACCAUGUAUUGGCUGCUGCCUCCAAGCCCCAUAUUCCUUCAACAGAGACACCUGCAGCCUCCCUUUCAGUUUGUUUUCUCCUUCUCUAUGCGACAAGCCAGCCAUUGUGCCCCGCUGUCACAUGUUGUCAUGUGCACAAUGUCGAACAUGCUUGAUGUGGGACUUAACAGAUCCUGCGCAGUUAAUGACACACAUCCAUCGUGUUGCAUCAUAGUGGGAAUUGCGCUUUGAUAGAAGGCGCUAACAAGAUUUAUGGAUGCAGCGGAGGAAAUUAGACUCAUUUGUAAUUCAAACAAGAAGCUGUAAGAGUCACACGAGGAGUGUGAUGAAAUUAUCCUCUUUAAUUACAUUAAAAUACACAUUUAAAGGUCACCCUAGGUAGAUCUAACGUGGGAGCGGUAUGCGGGAGAUUAUUAGCUGUAUACAUGCAAUAUGAAAGCCGAUUAUUCCAUUAGCGAUCAAAGAAGUAAGUUAAAUUGAAUUUUUGAAUAUAAAUGAACAAAAAAGAGGCUUCAAAGUGAGACUGUCUCGUCUUGUCUUUUAUUGAACUAUUUAAAGACAUCAAAACAUCACAGUUUGCUUCCGUAUUGAAAUCUAAAUCAUUAGCAGAAGGUUUUAAGGUGUAGCGCUGUACAGUAAGAGACACACAAGGCCCAGCUGAGACCGUUUUACAACAACUAUUGUGACUGUCAAAGAAGAGCCGGGGUGUUUGUGACAUUUGUGGUAAAGCUUCAGCUCUGAGCUGCUUUCUUGACACGCGACAAAGCAUAAAGUUUCUAAUUAGCAAAACCAAGUCAGUGUUGAAAAAAAAGCCGCCGUGGCAUUAAGGAUAAAGUGGAAACCACAUUCAGGUCUGCUCAGCCAUGAUUAAUCUCAUUCUGGCAAAAAGAAAAACAAACAGAGAGCUUGUUCAUGGAUGAAUGUGCAGUCGUUGACAUCCACUAGACUUGAGGCCGUAACAUCCAAACACACACGAUUUAUUACAGUAUAAUCGCCCCAACAACUGCGAUUGGCUCAUGCGCAUGAUGUGAUUAUUUCCACACAAAUCAAUAUCAUAGAUCCUGCUGCACAUUCACCUCAUUUAUAUCCGCUUCAUUUCAAGUGCAGGUGACAGUUUCUCUUCUCACAUCUGUCGUUACCCUCAAAACAAAAUCUUGCACUAUUGUUAUCUCGUUCUUGACUGUGACAGUCGUAGAUUUUAACUUUCCCGACAUCAGGAGCAGCUGUUAGAGGCUUUAAUAUUCAGGCUGUUGUGCUGUUGAUAAGAGUCCCUGCCCCUGUAGUCUGCCGUGACGUUUUAAGUAACAUAAGUGCCCCAAAUAGAUGAAAAUGUCAUAAAUAAUAAAGAAAAUGAAAGGAUUUUUAUCGCAGCAAUAGCCUAUUCUCAAACAGCAGUGAGGUUGAUUAAUAUCAUUUCUGAUCCCUCUGUUUUUGCUGUAACACUCCUGCAGAUCCUCCAAAUUAUGAUUACCAUGAGGAGGCGGUGGCACUACAUGAGCUUGACUACCCUCGCUCACUCUUGGCCUGACUGACUAGCAUGCUAGAGCGGAGCGUGCAUUCGAGGGCUGUGGGAUGAUGAAUCGAAUUUCACUUUCAGUUAGAAAUUUUGGCGACCCACGACCACGAAAAACCAAGUAAUCAAGAUGAAACGAUUAGUGCGCCGCCUGCCAUGCUGUGCUUGUUUGGUCUUGUGUGGUGAAAAGAGCCCCGAACAGGUGUUACUUCAACCUGGACGGGCAAUCAGGCGUGCUGAGCGUUAACUCGACGGGCUUUAAAACAUAUUCUUUAAAAACAAAAAAUAGUCUGUCAAGUGGAGGCAGUGGCCCACUUGUAUGAGUACCUGGUCCAGCUCUAGUCCUCUUCCUCAGUCAUGCACAAAGUGAACAUGAUCAAGAGGAGAAUGCAGGGACGGCUGUAUCUCAAUAGGGCGCUCAUGCCCCAUUGGGGAUACUGUAUCCCCAUUGGGCGCAGAUAAAAUUAUCUACUCGCUUUAUUCGCACGAAUCUAGAGGUGUGAAUGAAAAGUACUUACUCGGGUAAUUUCAACGGUAAUCCCUGCCAAUUCAACCGGCGGCAUCAAGUAAUAGACAAAGGUUUUUUACCAAUUUACCCCAUAAUCUGAACUCCUCACAUACCUGCCUCCUGGCAAGCUCCUCCUUAUUCAGGUUUUGGUAAUUGAAAGAAAAGGUAUCAUAUAAUUCAGGGUUUCCACACACAGACACAAUCAGUUUGUCAUCCAUUUUAGAUACCAGUUAACAACCAUCUGUUUUUAUACGCCACCUGGCAACCUUCAUGCUGAUUAGUUUUAAGAGCACGGAUAUCUGCUCAAGUUGAGACAUUUUCAGCUCAUGUCAGUCAUUCGCGCCGCCAGAGUAGUAGGAGCGCCUAAUCGCGUAUUUGCAUUGACAUAACAUGGAAUUCAUGUUAACAUGUCUUAGCUACAGCAGUUUUAACUAUCCUACAGCCACAGGAGGAGCAUGUGUGUGUUAGUAAAGCAGAGGGACAGAGAGAGCACAAGGAGAGAGAGGCUAAAGAGUGAGCGACUCUGGUGCAUACAUGUCCGGUUAGGCUAAAACCUCUAAGUCCACUGACUGGAUCUGAAGAUAAUCCUGUCUCUGGUUGUCCUGUGAACAGUUUGUUUCAUCAGGCAAAGAUCUGCUCACUUUAACCAGGCUGUACUGUAUGCAGAACAUCAGAUACAUGCAGGGUAUGCAUAGGUUAAGCAUUCAAAGUGGAGAUUUGAGUGAUGUUUUUAUUCUAAGCUUUUCAUCAGAUGCAGGUGAUGGCGCGUCAGUGCCAAUUUGCAGUCGACCCUUCAUUCCUGCACCGCUCUCGUCGUAAAGGCUUUGUAGGAGAUAAAAAUGUCUUGUUUUGCCUGUAAGAAAUGGUUAGUUUCUUUAGCUGUGAGCGCUCCUGGCAAGUUAAAAUCUGUAAGAAAAAGGUCACAGCAGAACAAAUUUGUGUGAGUGUGUGUGUAUGAGCUGCUCCUCUUGUACUUAUGUACAUACACACACACUUCAUGGCUGGAGAGGGACUGGCACAAGUUGUUCGAGUGUGGAUCAACACCUCACUUGGCUGCGCAUGGAUUCUCACACACACACCUUACUCUCCCACUCAUCAGCUGUAAGCACAGUCAACAUCACUGUCAGAGUGGCUGCUGGGCGCAGAAUAAAACACAGUUUGAACGCUCUGAUAAAUCAGGAUUGAGUCUGAAAGCCAAUUUAGACGCUCUUCUUCAUUGAAUUACAUCGGAUGUUUCUACAGAAUUAGAAAAGAGGGAGUUUGUUUAAACAGAUUUGUAUGGCUGAUGUAUCUCAAAACAAAGAAAUCAACUCCAGAGGAUGCUCCUUUUAUUAUCUUUCACUCAAUAAGAUAAGUUGGUGUAAAAGAAGCCGACCACUCUUGGGUAUGUAGGUCUGAACCGAGGCUUCGCCAUUUAAAGUAAUUACAUUUGGGAGCCCUGUAUCGAUAAUUACAUUCCAGUCACAGAGCUUAGCAACACUUUCCCUGAAAGUUAAACGGCGACCUUUAAAAAAAACCCAGGUGCUUUCUUUAACAGCACUUAAAGGUGCCCUGUGGAGUUACCUUGUAAACAAAGUUUUUUUGUUUAUAUUCAGGGGUACUUUACAAAACGCUUUGUGUUUAUACUCGGGGCCUGACUAAAUUGCUGAAUGCUUUUUAAUCCUUUAACAUUUGCAAAGCUAAUGACUCCAAAUUUUCAAAUCAUGCAGCGUUGAUAACCUUGUGCGCUACCCCUCCAUCCUCCUCUUGUCUGUUCGGUGUUUCCUAGGCUCCGUCAGCGGCAGUAACGCGUAUUGUGUCGCUCUUGUGGUGAAAAUGUUUCCUGAGUCCUAACAGAUGGCUCUGUCCAUCUGAUUCCCACGAUGCUCCAGUUUCCUGUCUCAUGCCAAGACAGUAGUGAAUGAUCUGUUUAUGCAUUGAGGAGUUUUCAUAUCCGGUUCAUUUGUCUCCGAUAUUGAUGUAUACCAGGGUGACUCAUUUUGUUCUUGUUUAUUCGACUACAAGCCAACCUCUGAUGAUGAAUUUCACUGUUAUUCCAUAUUUUUGUUUCUCAAAUGACCAUUUUUCUUCUCGCAUUUUACAAGACGAGCGCAGAGACUUGUGUCAGUCUUUUUAUGAAAGUGUGUGGGCACCAAUCCAAAGGAAGAUAAUUUACAUUUCACCUGCUCGAGCUGCCGGCGAUUAAUGGAAACAAAAUGAGUGUAACCUCUGUUUAAAUGCAGAGAAUAAUGGCCCUGCUAAGAAUGACCUUCCUCUGUCUAGACAGCUGUGGAGGUGGUUACUGCUUUAAAAGCUGCCUCCUUUUUUUUUUUUUUUGAGAAACAUUCAUUUGAAUGCCAACACGAUUCACACACCCGGUCCCAACAGUUCACAUUAACCUACUUUGUCACAGGAGAGGGGAAAGAAAGAGGAAGUGUAUAGAACAUAUUUGAUACACCUCGGGGGGGCCUCGGCUGUUCCACCGCAGCGAGAUAGGGACCAGAAAUCCAAACUCAAGUACAGUAUUUUUCGCACUAUAAGGCACACCAUCGAUGAACACAUCUAUUUUCAUACAUAAAGCGCACCGGAUUAUAAAGCGCAUUAAGCCAAACAAAACAGUCAGAUAAGUCAAACUUUAUUUAACUCAUUCAAUAACUCGGCGAGGCUACGGUAGCUGCAGUGCUCCGACAAGCCAAAAGGAUUUCAAGUGCGCCUUAUAGUGCGAAAAAUACAAUACAAAUACAUUUUCAGCAGGAAAUACAGUCAUUUUAACACUCUGACAUUGAACCCAAGUUUAGACACAUGACUUAAGCUUUGUUUUUAUAUUUUUAUCUUACAGGACGAAUCGAGGAUUAAGGUCACGGUGAUGGAGGUGAAGCCUAUUGAUCACAAGGACUACUGCAAGAGACUAAUCAUGAACAUAAGAAGUCUAGCCUCUAAGUAGGCGUAUGUGCCUCGUGUUAAGAAAACUGUUAUGUUUUGUUUUUGUGUUUCUGUACAGCCAACUUCCAGCUCUACACAUGAUAAAGUUAGCUUACAAAGCUGUUGUGUUGAUUUGUUUUGUGCGUUUUGUUUCCCAAGAGUGAGAAAUCCUCCAAAUUCUUGACUGUAGACCCCCGCUUUGUGAAAUAAUGUCUGGUGACCUGUUUCUGAAAACGCUCUUUUCUUUUUUUUUUCUAUUGUUGUGAACAUAACAGUCGUUGAUUUUUUUUUUCCAUUUUCCCCUUUUUUUUAUUAUUUGGGGGAAGCAGAGCAGAGAGUGGGUCAGUCAGCCACAAAAGAAAUCAUCAGCGUGUCUUAGGUCUGCCGGUUGUUCCUGUAUGCACUGUGCUCAUGAAGGAGGGGGGAGGAGGAAUAGGAGGAGGAGAGGAGAAGAGAACAGUAGCUAGCACUCUUUUCACUCUGACGCUCACAGUCAGAAGGGUUCUGUUGGACCUGCACAAUCCUGAUAAGACCGUUUACUCCCCCUCCCUCUCUCAUACUUGCAAACAUAAGCACAUAUACACAGUGCAGACCUAAUAGGGAAAUGUACUGCAGCCUGUUUAAAUAGAUACAAGAUAUGCGUCUGAGUCUUUUCGGUGUAUUACGAAUGUUCUGUAGUUCUGUUUUUGUGGUAAUUACCUGAUAAUAAAUAAUAACUUGUUAUCUAU